AUGGCCAUCUGGGAUAGAUGGCGUACUUGGCUUCAUACUGGAAUGGUCCCUAAAUCCUCUGAGGCCUUCGUUUCCAUCCCUCCGGACGACCCCCUUUUUGCCGUCCUAAAGGACUGGGUUCACGCUGAUGAUCGCAGCAGUCUCACCCGGGAGUUGGUGCCCAAGGUCGAGGCUAAAUAUAAGGAAGCUCUGGCCUCCCAGACCUCCCAGAAUUCCGAGUCCUACUCCAAGUGGCUGGAAGAGGCGCAAAAUGAUCACCUCCGCCCCCUUUACCGCUCCCUUCGAGCAGAUGAGCAAACCUUGGAACGGCCGUAUCGGGAGUUCACUCCCUUGGCGCGGCCCUAUAAACGGCUAGAAUUUUGGUGCGAGGUCUGGCAGGGUAACCUGGUGUCGCCGGCCCCGCUCCAAGGGGAAGUAUGGGAUGCCUUGUGUGACUUGGCCCGGGAGCAGGUCCGUUCCCUGCCCAAGCAUUCAGCUAACUCCGUAGCCAAGAUAUGCACCGCAAAAAAUCCCAAAAAAGGAGGCCCGGAUGGCUGGGAUUUCAACGAUCUUCGAGACCUGCCUCGGGAUGCGUAUGCAAUCCUAGCCGACGUCUUCAACAAAAUGGAGGAGGACCUUGCCAUUCCCCUCCAAGUUUCCCAGGUCCAAAUUGUUCUCCUGGCCAAGAGUGCCUUGAAGGAAAGACCUAUCGGUCUUACGUCAGUCCUAUGGCGGCUUUGGUGUAAGACUCGGCGGUUCUUGGUUGGCCAGUGGCUGGACUCGUACAUUCCUGAUCACCCUUUUGACUCGGCGAUUCCAGGCCGCACCUCGUUGGACGUUGCCCUGGCCAGGAAAUGCUCCAAAGAGUCUGCCAGAGUCAAGGGCCUGCACACUGUCUCGUUGUUCGUAGACAUUAAUGGGUUUUACGACAGCGUUUCCUGGCAGAAGCCUUGGCCCUGUCGCACGGUGGUGGGGGAAUCCCAGCCUAGUCCAACCAUCUUCCCGGGACGGGGCAUGAUCCAGGGAUGCUUGGAUCAUUGCGAUGUAUGGUUGGACGAUGUUUCUGCAGAUUCCCUCCAUGCCUCGCCGGAUAUAGCCGCGGGUGCGGCUUAUGAAGCUUUUCGAGUGCUCAAGUCGAGCCUCCAGGCUGAAGGCCUCGUCCUCAGCCAAGAGAAAACGAAAUUUGUGGCCGGAACACCCCGAUCGGCCGCAGCGCUGCGAAAGCUGUUGCAGCCAGGAGACCCCGACAUAGUCGACGUGGUGGCCUUGACAGUGGCAGUGGACGCCGGCGUAGGUAGGAGCCGCUACGGUUCAACGGAUACCAUCCUAGAUAUGACAUCCCACGAGGUCCAGGAUCCUUACCUCAUUGUGGUGACCCAACACGUGGAAAGUCUUUUCAGGAUGAUGGCCAGAUGUAACCGCAUGGGCUGGGAGGCAGUAAAGGACACUUGGAGAGUGGUCUGGAAGCGGCUGGAGGCUGCGAAGCAUGGUUGGUCCGUGGUCACCGGACCCAUCGCAGCCAUGUGCCAGUAUCUCCGCGACCUCCAGGUCGACGGCCACGAUCCUUCACGCUGGGUUUUUGAGGAACGUGUCCUUGAAAUAAAGCCUUCUGAGGUUUCGAUUGUCGGUCAAACCUCGUCCUUCCUCACGGGCAUCAUCAGGACCCAGAGGUCUCGUCGCAUGGGUUCGGCCUCUUCGGCAGCGGGUGCUGGUGGAGGGGUCGACUGGACGGUCCCACGUCGUGAGUGCCCUUCCUUCCCUGGUGGCAUGCGGUUACCGGGGUAUAUUCUGGCGGAGAAACGCCGGUUCCCAGAGGACUGCCUGUGGCUUAGGGGUAUGCUCCCCCUUAAAUAUCUCCCUUGGGAGACCUAG